GUCAUAACGGUGCGCCGCAUCAUUUAGAGGUUGAUAGUGCUGCGAGUCGGUAAAGGGCAGCUGAAAUGGGAGCUUCAGCAUCAAGUGCUCCUCUACAAUCACAGACAUCUUCCGAAUCCGCAAAGACCCACCCAGUAGAUUCGCCUCCCCCAGGAUGUCCAAUGCAUCAGAAAAAGAUGGACGGUAUGGGAGCUUCACCUGUAAGCCUAUCAAGUGCUCCGUCUACUGAGUCCGCAAAGACCCACCCAGCAGAAUGUCCAAUGCAUCAGAAAAAGAUGGAAGGCUGUCCAAUGCAGAAAGAAUCUAAGCAAAAUACAGAAAACUGUUCUGGACCUGCACAUCAAGAAGGGGCCUAUGGAUAUGUUCAGUGUCCAAUGAGAUCAGGAGCAAAGGAUGAUAUUGAUCCCAGCAAUAUGAUGCCACCUCCAAAUCAGACUCCAGCUCCUGACCAGCCAUUCAGUUUGUCUCUGGACCGAGAAGAAUCUACCAUUCCACGAUCCAGCACUGAAAAAAACUGGGUGUACCCCUCUGAACAGAUGUUUUGGAAUGCUAUGUUAAGAAAGGGAUGGAGGUGGAAAGAAGAUGAUCUUAAACCUGAAGAUAUGACAAACAUUAUCAAAAUUCACAACAAGAACAAUGAGCAGGCCUGGUCAGAAAUUCUGAAGUGGGAAGCUCUCCAUGCCAAAGAAUGUCCUUGUGGUCCUUCAUUGGUUCGUUUUGGAGGAAAAGCAAAGGAGUUUUCUCCAAGAGCACGGAUGCGUUCAUGGAUGGGGUAUGAGCUUCCGUUUGAUCGGCAUGAUUGGAUUGUUGACCGCUGUGGAAGAAAAGUUCGAUAUGUCAUUGACUAUUACGAUGGAGGCGAAGUCGAUAAUAACUAUCAAUUCUCAAUUUUAGAUGUCCGUCCUGCAUUUGACAGUAUGGGUGCCAUCUGGGACAGAAUGAAAGUGGCUUGGUGGCGUUGGACAUCAUAGCCUGGUUGCUUUAAAGUCAUCUGAAAGCCUGUUAUAAACUUUGAAGCUGCUUUAUAAUAAUACAAGAUCAGACAAGUGGACUUUUAUAAGUGCAAUUUGAAAAAAAUAUUAACUGUAUUUAAGUGAUAUCUCUCACAUAAACACACACACUUACGUUAAGAAAAUAAAAUAACCAGUUACAAAAAUGUUGUUACAAUAUAAAGUGUGAAAGAGGAACUUCAGUCCAAAUCAGGUAAUUUAAAAGUGUAAGCGCUCAUUACACAUGGUUUGUACCCUAUAUAAGUUCAAAGUGCUGGAGAAAUACUGGAAGUUUAGUUUUGCACCAUUUCUAAUGCCAGUGGUUGAAUGGUUCAGUUCCUAGAGAAUAACAAAAAAAAAAAAAAA